CUGCAGACGGCGUUUGGGGAUGUUCACAUGGCAUUCUACCCCAACGUUGCCCCCAAAACGGCCGAUCACAUCCGGCGAUGCGCAGAGCUGGGCCUAUAUAACACGAAUCACUUCUUCCGAGUCGACAAAGGUUUUGUGGCCCAGGUCGCGGAUAUAUCGGGGGGACGAUUAGCCCCCAUGUCUCGCAUGCAACAGGAGGUCGCUACUCGCCACGUGCCGCUGGAGUUGCACCCUGAUGUUAAGCACGACCGACGUGGAAUUCUGUCCAUGGCCCGCAACGAUGACCCUAACAGCGGCGGCUCGAGUUUCUCACUUCUCCUCGGCCCAGCCCCGCACCUGGACCAACAUUAUGCGGUGUUUGGCGAGGUUGUCGAAGGAAUUGAGACGCUGGCCCGGCUGGAGGAGCUGCCAACUCGCACAGAAGGUAUCUUUGUGAUGCCUAUCGAGAGGAUUACCAUUUCAUCGACAUAC